AUGCUGCGGUCGCACGGGGCCCGCCUGUCGCCCACCCACCGCUGGCUGCGGGCCGGUCGCCUCUGCCCUCAGCUCUUCCUGGCUGCUCUGGGCCUCAGGCCGGUGGAGUGGGGUCGGCUCCCGGGCCGGUCAGUGUCGGCGGAACGCGGGCAAGGUUGGCUGCAACCUACGGGCCAUGCCACGGGCGUGAAGGUCUACAACAGUCUAACCCGGAGGAAAGAUCCUUUAAUAGUGGCCAACGCAGAAGCCGUUUCCUGGUACAGCUGUGGACCCACUGUGUACGAUCACUCCCAUCUUGGCCAUGCUUGCUCAUAUGUUAGAUUUGAUAUAAUUCGAAGGAUCCUGACCAAGGUGUUUGGAUGCAACAUCGUCAUGGUGAUGGGAAUCACAGAUGUGGAUGAUAAAAUAAUCCAAAGAGCCAAUGAGAUGAAUAUAUCACCCACUUCUCUGGCCAGUUUUUAUGAAGAAGAUUUUAAACAAGAUAUGGCAGCCUUGAAGGUCCUCCCACCUACAGUAUACUUCAGGGUAACCGAAAACAUUCCUCAGAUCAUUUCUUUCAUUGAAGGGAUCAUUGCUAAUGGGCAUGCUUAUUCAACGUGGAAAGGCAAUGUCUACUUUGAUCUGAAGUCUAGAGGAGACAAGUAUGGCAAAUUGGUUGGUGUGGCCCCAGAUCCAGUUGGAGAGCCAGUUGAUUCUGACAAACGGCAUGGCAGUGAUUUUGCCCUCUGGAAGGCAGCUAAGCCCCAGGAAAUAUUUUGGACAUCACCUUGGGGGGAUGGAAGACCCGGCUGGCACAUUGAGUGUUCGACCAUAUCGAGUUUGGUGUUUGGAAGUCAAUUGGAUAUCCACUCAGGUGGGAUCGAUUUAGCUUUUCCGCAUCAUGAAAAUGAAAUAGCACAGUGUGAGGUCUUCCAUCGGUGCAAACAAUGGGGAAAUUAUUUCCUGCAUUCUGGCCAUUUGCACGUCAAAGGCAAAGAAGAAAAAAUGUCAAAAUCACUGAAAAACUACAUUACUAUUAAGGACUUUCUAAAGAAGUUUCCACCCGAUGUCUUUCGACUGUUCUGUAUGAGGAGCAAUUACAGGUCAGCAAUCGACUACAGCGACAGCACCAUGCGGGAAGCCCAGCACCUCCUCCUGGGGAUAGCCUCCUUCACCGAGGACGCCCGCGCCUACAUCAGAGGACAGCUGGCCUGUGCCCCCGUCAAGGAAGACCAGUUGUGGGAAAGACUAACCAACACAAAGCUGGCGGUGAAGGCUGCGUUUGCCGAUGACUUUGACACACCCGGAGCCCUCGAUGCCGUGCUGGACCUCAUUCGCCACGGGAACAGACAGCUGAAGGCAGUGGCGAAGGAAACCGCCGGUCCUCGGAGCCCUGCUGUGUUUGGCGCCAUGGUCUCCUACAUCGAAGAGUUCUUAGAAGCGGUGGGAAUUUCUCUGACAGAUCGGCAGUUUACUUCAGGAGACAGUAGUGCGGCCAUGCUGUGCAGCGUGGUGGACGAGCUAGUUCGGUUCCGGCAGCAGGUGCGUCAGUAUGCGCUGGCCACAGAGGAAGCCUCAGGGGAUGCCCGGCGGCAGCAGCUCCUGGAGAGGCAGCCCCUGCUUCAGGCUUGUGAUGUCCUGCGCAAGGACCUCGCCAUCCACAGCAUCCACAUCAAGGACAGAAGCAGCACCGUGUCUACAUGGGAACUACUGGAUCAAAGGACGAAAGACCACCCGAAGCCGGGGAACGGAAGAUGAAGAGAAGCCAUGUAGAACUGCACUCUCACCACAGCGCUCCUAAGGCCCAAUUAAGAUAAAAACUUUAAAGUUUCCUAUUGUGGCCAUUAAGGAGCCCUGCAGGUGCCAUCAGGCAAGCAUAGGCUUGCUGGCCAAGCGGCAAGGUCUGUGGUUCAAGCUCCCCCAGCUGCUGAGGGAGGUUGUGAAUGAUGAGGCGGUCAACUCCCAGGAAGAUGGGAAGCCUCUGAAGCCAUCUAUACAUCUGUAGAGGCUGCUACGGGUCAGAACCAACUUGUUGAUGGCUGUACUUUUUUUUUUUUUAAUCAUGUCUCUUAAGUCAACAUUGAAAUAAAUCAGAUGGAUAACA